CCCCCGCCCCAGGUUUUUCGGAAGGGGGAGGGGGUGCGUCUCGGCGAGUCACGAUGAUGGCGGCCACCGGCCUGUGAUGAGCUAGCGGAUUCUCUACUUGUUUCCAAGAGCUCCUGGAGCCUCUUGCAGAUUCAGUGGCCGGCGCCAGGGACUUGACAAAGCACGGCGGCCCUAAGUCGCGGGAAAGUCCGCAGUUGCGGAGGUAGCGACGCGGUCCGAGGCCACGGCUGGGGGAGAGGCCGAUCCGCGGGGCGAAUGUGACAAACCCCCACCCCCACCGCCUUCCUCUCGAGAGCACGAGGAGCGCGGGCGACCCCGGGGCCCCGCCAGGCCACAGACCCCGCCCAGCGGGCAGCACCCGGAGCAGGCCCGGCAGCGGAGCGGCGCGGCGGCACCAUGCAGGUCACCCUAAAGACCCUGCAGCAGCAGACCUUUAAGAUCGACAUCGACCCGGACGAGACGGUGAAAGCACUGAAAGAGAAGAUUGAAUCUGAAAAGGGGAAAGAUGCCUUUCCUGUAGCGGGUCAGAAAUUAAUUUAUGCAGGCAAAAUCCUCAAUGAUGAUACUGCUCUAAAAGAAUAUAAAAUUGAUGAGAAAAACUUUGUGGUGGUUAUGGUGACAAAACCCAAAGCAGUGACAACACCAGCACCAACAACAACAACUCAGCAAUCAAAUCCUGCCACCACGACCACAAUUAGUUCCUCCACGGCACCAGCUGUGGCUCAGGUCCCAACCCCCACCCCCGCUCUGGCUCCCACUCCCACACCUGCAUCGGUCACUCCAGCAUCAACAACAGCAUCUUCUGAAUCUGCACCUGCCAGUGCAACGAAGCAGGAGAACCCUGCAGAGAAGCCGGCAGAAACACCAGUGGCUCUCAGCCCGACACCCACUGACAGUACAUCAGGAGACUCUUCUCGAUCAAACCUUUUUGAAGAUGCAACAAGUGCACUUGUGACUGGUCAGUCGUAUGAAAAUAUGGUAACUGAGAUCAUGUCAAUGGGCUAUGAAAGAGAACAAGUAAUCGCCGCCCUGAGAGCCAGUUUCAACAACCCUGACAGAGCAGUGGAGUAUCUUUUAAUGGGAAUUCCCGGAGACAGAGAAAGUCAGGCUGUGGUUGACCCCCCGCCAGCAGCUACUACGGGGGCUCCUCAGUCUUCAGUGGCUGCAGCUGCAGCGACUACGACAGCAACAACUACAACAACAAGUUCUGGAGGACAUCCCCUUGAAUUUUUACGGAAUCAGCCUCAGUUUCAACAGAUGAGACAAAUUAUUCAACAGAAUCCUUCUCUGCUUCCUGCAUUGCUACAGCAGAUAGGUCGAGAAAAUCCUCAGUUACUACAGCAAAUUAGCCAACAUCAGGAGCAUUUUAUUCAGAUGUUAAAUGAACCAGUUCAAGAAGCUGGUGGUCAAGGAGGAGGCAGUGGAGGUGGCAGCGGAGGGAUUGCAGAAGCUGGAAGCGGUCACAUGAACUACAUUCAAGUAACGCCUCAGGAAAAAGAAGCUAUAGAAAGGUUAAAGGCAUUAGGAUUUCCUGAAGGACUUGUGAUACAAGCAUAUUUUGCUUGUGAGAAGAAUGAGAACUUGGCUGCCAAUUUUCUUCUACAGCAGAACUUUGAUGAAGAUUGAAAGGGACUUUUUUUUUUUUAAUCUCACACUUCACACCAGUGCAUUACACUAACUUUGUUCACUGGACUCUCUGGGAUGACUUGGGUUCAUGUCCACAAUACUUGGUAUAAGGUAGUAGGUGGUUGGGGGCGGGGAGGGCGGGCUCUAGGCUACAGGGCAGCGGUAAACACAGCGCAUGUCUGCUUCAGUCGGCAGGUGCUGCAGAUCCACACGGUAUGUAAAAUAGACAACCAAACCCGGCUUUUGCAGGUCUUUAUAUCUUGUAUAAAACAGUAGGUAAUUUCCUAGGUUUCACUCUUUUUAGUAUACUAGAUCCAGAAAUUUAGUGUAAUGCCCUGCUUAAUAUUUCUUUGACUGAACAUUGGUUUCAGAAAGAAUCUCUGCCACCUGGAAUCUACAGUCUGUGUUUCACGGCAACACUGGAUAAUGGCUUCACGAAAUUGAAAAAAAAAAAAUGGAACAUCUGUAAACAGAAACACCAAAUUAUUGAUGGUUUUUGUUGCUGCUUCAAAACAAGUAUAAAAUUAAUGUCAAGAAAGCCCAUUCUUUUCAUGUUAAAUACUUUGGGCGGGGGAGGGAAGAAGGGGAACUUUUCUUAAAAUGAAAAUAAUUACUGCUAUUUUCAAAUCUCUUGAUCAUUGAAUGUGAGACCCUUCUAACAUGAUUUGAGAAGCUCUAUAAGUAUAGGCAGAGUUAUUUUCCUGUUUACAUUUUUUGGUUUGUUUUGGGGGGAAAUUGGUAGGUGUCUAAUUACUGUUUACUUCCUUGUUACAUUGCAGUAAAAGUUUUAAAACCACCAUUGCAUGUUUGCUUUUGAUGUAUCCCUUUGUGAGAUUAGCGCUUUGGGGCCAACGGCGGUGCAGCCUUCACGCUCCCUCCCCCCUCCCCCCAGAAACGUGUGUGUCAGCAAGGCGUGAGUUCAAACUGCUGCCUUUUUAAACCCCACAAAAUGCUGAUUCCGUUUAAAAUUAAUGCGAAUGUUUCAAAACUGGGUUUCUGACAUUUGUAAAUGUUUUUCCUUAUUAGAUAAGAAUAUAUGACCAUUAAAGUCAUUAGGAUUCUAUUGCUUUCAAAAAGAGGAGGCAGACAGAACUAUAAUCCUGCAUCUUUUAUUGCUUUGGAAAGACUGAUGAAAUCUUUUGGAAGGGUUGGGAGAUGUGGCCGGAAAGAACUUUGGAAUAUAUACAAUCAAGAUAUCUUGUGGCAUAUUAAAAGAAAAAUCUUAAUAGCAGUGUUGGCUUUUAUUUGGAUUUUUUUUUCAUCUCAGUUUUUCUUUGUAAUCUCCCUCAUUGGCAUUAUUUGACCAUAAAGAGGGGGCCGAUAUCUACUUGUUCAGUUUUUCCAAUAUAAACAAGACUAUUUAAAGAAAUUUUUUUCCUCCCAUCUAAUACUGAGUUAGGAUGGUGUAUUUGCACAGAUUUCUCCCUGCAUAAUCUCUUGCAGUAAUCCUUAGUACACCAUUUGGUGAUAACUUUUAAGCUUUUCCAUCAUGCACUCGUAACCUAUCUGUUUAGAAAAUAAAUGAAAUGAUGAUUUUUCCCCCAAAAUGUUAAGCAUGUAGUUAAUCUUCAUAUGUUUAUUAUUCCUUAAACCAACAGGCCUUUGGACUUUGUAUUGCCUGUAUGUUUUAUGACGAACCGUGCGAAAUAAUAUCUCAGGAGAAUAAAAGGAGGAUUUGUAAAUAUACUCGUCUCUCAAGGCAGAGGAGUUGGGAAGAGGGUGGCGCUUCGGUCGGAUUGUGGAGUGCUUCCAUUUGACGGCAUCUUAUCUGCUACUCGAUCGUUCGGAGAUAGAGAAAACUGGAACAGGGAGGCAGGGGCGACGGCAGCCUCUUCCUUGCUCGGGAAUGUGCCAGCAGAAGCUGGGGACACGGAGCUCCUGUCCUUGGACAACGAAACUACAUGUGCGUGGUGGGAUUGAUUCAUACCAGACGGCAGUUCGGGCCGCGUCCGGCCGCUCUUCACGGUGCCUUGUUGAUCUGUUUGAAGGGCCAGACCAGACCCUAAGCAAGCAGUAGGCUUUUCUGUGACCUUUGCUGUUGUGUUUUAAUUUACAAACAGUUUCGGUAUAUCUCUUAAUAAUGUAAGUGACUAUUUGACCUUGGAAUUUAGCAUUUGACAUAGUACGUCAUCUGUUCCUUGAAAUAUUUUUAUUGUUUAGUUGCUCUGUGGAAAAAUGGGAGGAAGCUUAAGUUUACAUUUGUUAAAAUCUUAUUGCUAUCCUCAAGUCACCUAUGUCUUCAUAUUGUAUUAAAACACUGAAGUAUUCCAUCAGGUCAGUUUUUCCUGUACAAGAUGCCUAGGACCCUAAAGAAUUAAUUAUAAAAUCUUUUCAGUGCA